CAAAACAAGGAAAAAAACAAGAAAAACAAAAUUAAGCAACUAUGGAUGAAGGAGGAUCAAGGGGGAGUGCCAAGGAAGAUGGCGGCGCUGAUGUCCGGUACCGGGGUGUGCGACGCCGGCCUUGGGGGAAGUUCGCGGCGGAGAUUCGUGACUCGACGAGGCAAGGGCAGAGGGUGUGGCUUGGAACUUUCAAUACGGCUGAGGAAGCAGCCAGAGCAUAUGACAGAGCUGCUUAUGGAAUGAGAGGUUCAUUUGCAAUCCUUAACUUCCCAAAUGAGUAUAAUAUGUCAGGUACUUCUAGUGCUAGCGCUACUAAUGCUUCAUCAUCCUCAUCCUCUUCAAGGCAUGCAAAUGUUGGAAGAAGUAAUGAGCAACAAGGAAGACAAGUGUUUGAGUUUGAGUACUAUGAUGACAAAUUGCUUGAGGAGCUUCUUGAUUAUGAAGAGAAAAAUAAAAAAAAGUGACUUUAAAAAGCUACUAGUACUCCAAUAAUGAACCCGUUUGAAUAUGUACCAGAGAACAUUUAUCGGAGCUUAUCUUAUUUAAAAAACACAAGAUAAGCUCUAAUAAAUAUUUUUUAGUCCGUACUCAAACGGGUUCAAUGUCACUGAUAAUGUUACUAGCACUAGUAAUUACGCAUCUAUGUAUGCAUGUCUAGUUCACUAAGUGGCACAAUAUGGUGACAAAGCUAUAUCUAUAUCUAUCAUCACCAAAUUUCUGAGUUUUGGUGCAAACUAUAUAAGAGUGCAUUCAUUCAAGAAGUUAAGGUCUUGUCGGCCUAUGUAAUGUCCAUGUUCCUGCUAAUAACCUCCCUACAUUACGUUUUCAUUUGGUCCUAUUUAAUAUGCAUGAUGUUAUACUCUGUUUCCCCUGCAUUUUGGAUAAUACCUGUCCAUUUCUCAAAACUCUGUAGCAACAAAAUGUGCUGCUGAUACAAUAUUUGGCUCACAUGAAAACUUCACAUAAC